GGGGGUUGAAGACGCUCCGCUGGUCCUCAGGGGCCACUACCGUCGAGGCGGUAGUCCAUAACUUAUCCCAUGAUCAUCAAGCUAAUAAGUGACACAGAUCAACGCAGUCAAUUAUCGCCAUGGCGAUAUUGAGAACACACUCCUAGAGCUUAUCAUGGUCGCUGGCGGCAAUCAGAAGUUCGAGAAGCUAGAUGUGAAGCGCGUCUACUUUGGCAACUGGCUGCGUGAUUACUCUCAAGCUAUUGACGUAGGCGGAUUGAAACAGCUUCCUGCUGAGACUAUCCGUGUAUUGCUUUGGUGUCUCUCUUUCCUGACUUUUGGCUAUGCCACGGGCGAGUUCGAGGUUACCGCUGAGAGACUUGGCUGCUAUCGUCCUGAGGAGCAUAUUGAUAACCCGAAGGACUACGCUGAUAACGAAGAUGCGAGACAAUAUGAUCAGCGUCUUCGUGGACCGGUCAACGAGCAGCAGGAACUUGCUAUUGACCCUGAAACUGGACUGAAAGUUUACAUAGCUUCUGAGAAUGCUGGCUGCACUACUUCAGCUGGCUUGGUUCGUAGUCUUUUCGAGAAGAGUAUUGAGUUGGGACGAAAGUACCACCGCGAUAAUGACAAGAAGGAUCUAUACGAGGCACUACGUCUCUUGGGAACUGGCCUGCACUGUUUGGAAGAUUUCUCUGCUCACUCUAAUUACACCGAACUUGCUCUCCGCGAGCUCGGCGUCGAUGCCUUCCCCCACGUCGGAAAGAGCACCGAGAUGGAUGUCAAGGGCAAGAAGAUCUUCCCACUCGUCACCGGGACCUUUGGAAUGACCGAUUUUCUCCACUCUGUCGUCGGUGAGAUGGGAGACAAGGUUGCACAAUCCGAGAUUGAAGGCUUAGAUUCCCAGCUCAACAAGGCCAGCCAAGACGAUGAGCAAAAUGACCAGACUUCGGUCCUGAAGAGCAUUCUUGACAGGGUCCCUUGGGAUAUGCUCGAGAGCGAUAACAAGCCUGACCCAAGCAAGGCUGAUGAGCUCAAGCAAGCUGCUGCUGCUAAGAAGGAGGAGACUGCGCAACAUCCUCUUGACCCAAAUGCUUCCCUGGGCGGUGUCAACAUUGAGGAAGCCAAGGCUCAGGCUCAGCAGACCUUGAAAGACAUGUACCCAAUUCUGGAAUUCCACGACCAAGUCAUGAAGGGCGUUACGGAAGUCAUCUCCAAGGUCCCUGGCCUUGAUGAACUUCUCGAGAACAUGACCGGAGCUCUUCAGAUCUUCGUUUUCUCCCUCCUAGCUCCAUAUGUCACACCAAUCAUUGCUCAAGCCCGAGUCGAGCUCAAGUCUACCUCCGAGGGUGUCUUGAAGACCAGUGAGAAGGGACAAUACGAAGUCUUCGAGAACGACAAGAGCACUGACCCCACCCACUCCAUGCUCUCCAAGGAUCACUUCUCCAAUGUUCUCAACACCAUCGCUGGACAAAUUGCCUGUGCUACAGUCAAGUUCGUCGUGCCCCGUAUCGUUGACUCCUGGAGUGACGAAGGCAAGGAUGUUCGUCAGACCAUUGAUGAUAUCCUCCAAGUCUUCCACCACCCCGCUCUCCGUGACGAGAACCGUGAGGGUCAGAAGGCUAUGUUUGAGACUGUCAAGAAGUGGUGGGAGGAUAAGGAUGAGUCUGAUAAGCAGCACUUCAAGGAGAUUUUAAGCUUCGAUGGUGUCAAGGCUGGAAACAACCACGAGGGAGAGAGCGAGGAGGGCGGACACUCCCACGGUGCCCCCAAGAAAAGAAAGGAGGAAGAUAGUUUCGUGCCUUCUGCUCAGGAUGGUGCUUCAGCUCUGUCUUCUCUGGCAGGUGGUCUUUCCGGCUUGGUUCUUGAGAAGACCGGUCUGGACAAAAAGCUUGGCGUUGAUGCUGAUGCUCUACGUCAAAGUGGCAGAAACAACAACCAAACCGAACAAUCGUCCUACGGUCGCAACGAACAGAGCUCAUAUGGCCAAUCUGGACAGAGCGAGCAGCAAUCUUCGUAUGGCCGUAAUGAGCAGUCAAGCUAUGGCCAGAGCGAGCAGCAAUCCUCUUAUGGUCGCAACGAGCAAAGCUCAUACGGUCGUGGUGAUAAUAAUGAAUCUUCUUAUGGAAGCGGUGGUAACACGUACGGCUCAUCAGGACGUUCUGGUCGAGAAGAGCAGGAGACUAGUUCCUACCAAACCGAGAACAGAUACGGAUCCUCUGGCCGCUCUGGCCGAAAUGACAACGACGAAUCUUCGUACGGCAGAAGCGAGAACACAUAUGGCUCCUCUGGCCGCUCUGGUCGAGAUGACAACGAGGAGUCAUCACACAGUCGCAGAGAAGACACCUAUGGCUCGUCCGGCCGUUCAGGACGUGGUGAUACCGAAGAGACGUCAUAUGACAGCGGAAACACCAACACCUACGGCUCAUCAGGCCGUUCAGGACGAGGCGACAACGAAGAGUCAUCGUACGGCGGCAGAGAAAACACAUACGGUUCUUCAGGCCGAGACCAGGAAUCCAGCUACCAGUCUGAGAAUACCUAUGGACAAUCUGGACGUUCUGGACGAGGUGGCAAUGAGACCGAGGAGAGUUCGUAUGGUCGAAGUGAGAAUACGUAUGGAUCUUCUAGACGUGAUGAUAAUGAGAGUUCGGGAUAUGGUGGUGGUCGUCGUGGGGACAAUGAGGAGAGCGAGUAUGGACAGCAGCGUGAGGAAGGCACUGGUGGGUAUGGAGGACGUCGUCGUGGCGAGUAUGAGGAGAACUCUGGCUAUUAAGUGAAGGAUAGGCAGGGGUGGGAGGUGGUUGGUGAUUGGGGCACAAGUGUUGAGAAUGUUGAGAUACCUAGACAAAGCGUGGAGCUGGACGGCUUGGAGUUGUCUUUGAUUUGGCUGAUGUUUAUUUGAGGGAUUUGAGACACCUUGGGGGCUGUAUGGGGUGGGCUGGCGAUUUGCGAGUGGAGUUGGUGAGACAACGUAGCGUGAAAAGUCGAGAGCUAUUCCAAAGGAU